CAACGGAAAACAAAACUCCGACAGGUAAAAGAGAAAGUUCUUAGGUAAGUCGGGAGGGUCACGCUUGAGACGCUGCGGGAGCAGGGAUGGUGAAAGGGAGAGUGUCCUUCUCUUGGAAAUCAUUGUUCUCUGUCACACUGACCUCCGGCCUUGGCAUCCAGUCUUCGGGCUCCAUUCCAUUCCUUCAGUAAAGUCCGAAAUGGCGGGAAUAGCCGUCCUCCUCGUGUGUCUCGUGUUCUGCGGACAGCAAGUGCAUGCGCAACAGGUGGACAGGGAACCUGAGGUUACAGCGGCACAGCAAAUUGACGGGGAAAAAGAUAGCCUUUUAACAAGAUGCUACGACAGAUGGGGUUGUUUUUCAAUAGGAGAACCCUUUUUCUCUUCACUUCGACCCAUCAGUCUUUUCCCACUCAAUCCAGAUACUUUGGAUCCUCAGUUUUUGCUGGUGACUCGAAAAGCCCCGGAUGUUUUCCAGAGGAUUCGCACCAACAGCAACUCCAGUUUUUCGCAAUCAGAUUUCGAUCCUCUUCGUCCAGUUAAGAUAAUUAUUCAUGGCUUCCGGGAAAGCGGAUUUCAGGACUGGAUAAAGGACCUCAUCCGUGAGCUUUUGACGUCGGAAGAUUCAAAUGUGAUCUCUGUUGAUUGGCGAAUAGGUGCAUCUCAGUCGUAUCCACAAGCAGCUGCCAAUACCCGAUCUCUUGGUCUUGUGGUAGCUGAUUUCAUAGAUUAUCUUCAGCGCAAGUACAGGAUCUCCCCAGCAGACAUCCAUGUAAUAGGUUAUAAUCUAGGAGCGCACGCUGCAGGAUAUGUUGGUGAUCAAAUUCCGAGAUUGGGUAGAAUAACAGGUCUUGAUCCAGCAGGACCCUAUUUCGAAGACACCGACCCAAGAGUUCGAUUGGAUGCAACCGAUGCCCUUUUCGUUGAUGUCAUUCACACAGAUAGUCCACCCUCAUCUCAAGUUGCGGGUAUGCUUCAGCCAGCAGGUCACAUAGAUUUCUAUCCUACUCCUGGUUGGAGAAGAACUGGUUGCAAUUUUGUUGAAGGAAUCAAGAGUUUCCGUCGUUGCAAAGGUGUUCAUGCCCCUGAACUUUUCACAGAGUCAGUUAAUAUGGAUUGUCCCUUUUAUGGUUAUUUUUGUGAUUCUUACGCUAAUUUUUCGAGCGGACAGUGUGACAGAGGAUGUGGCCAAGACAUGACGCAAUGUGCUGCCUUGGGAUUCAAAGCUGAUUCUUGGUUGAGAUUUUCAACGUCAGAACCGGUCACAAUGUUUUUGGAAAUUGGAUUGGAGGAACCACUUUGCAGAUAUCAUUAUCACGUAAAUCUUCUGCUGUCGAGAGGUGAGGAGACUCGUAGGUUCAGAAACGAAACAGGACUCCUUUUUGUAAGACUCAGUGGAACAAAAGGACGCACGGCCUUGCUGCAGGCAACACCUAAACCUUUAGUGUUUGUACGAGGUAAUGCAAUAGAGUUCGUGAUGAGUUCAGGGAAUUUGGGCCGCUUGCUUCGAGUAGAUGCUCUCUGGUCUUCACUAUUGCCGAGUCCCUUGAGUGAUGAACCACCAUCGAUUAAGAUACACAGCUUCCGCAUCACCAACCUUGAGACUAGUUAUAGGGAAACAUUUUGUGGGAGAGACGAACCUAUUAUUCCAGAGCGCAUUAAGGCAUUCUUUAAAGGAGGUGCAUGCUAAUGCUGGACAAAAAUUUUUUCGAAGUCUCUCCGCAGAUGAAAGAAAAAUAUGAUUUGAUAGAUGUUUGUGAAAUAUUCAUCAAUGCUGCUCAUUGUUAUCAUAUUUGCGAUCAAUUUUAUGUUCGAUUUUUUUGAGAAAUGAAAUAAUUUCAAAUGUACAAAAAAAAUCAUGUUGUUUGUUUUGUUGUAAAUAGUUAAUUUGAAAUUUGUAAAUAGUUUAUUUUUAGCACUUUUCCAGCAGUAUUCCUUUAUGUGAAAAAAAAUUAGUUUCAGGUAAUACACCUAAACUAUUGUACUUGGCUACUUAAUAAAAUAACAGAAAAUGCA